AUGACAUCAUCGGAUUGCUUAUCUUCGAAUAAUCGUGACCAUCGGUUAUCAAGUAUACCACGUUUUAAUCUUCCUGUACAACCUUUUCUUAAUACAACUAAUGAAAUACAAAAAACACCAUCAUCAUGUACAACUCCAAUAUCAGCAUCACCAAAUAAUUUUUAUACACCAACAUUAAUUCAUCCACCUCGUUUUCCUCAAGCAAAUAUGCUUAAUUUUCCAAGACCUCCACUCCCACUUCCACCACCACCAUUAAUAAGAAAAAAUAUUGAAUUUAAACCACCAGAACAAGAUAUAUUAGAUAAAAAUUUUUUUCGUACAUUUAAUAUGGAACAAAAACAAGAAACAAUAAAUAAAAAUUCGGAUAAUACAACGAAUAUAGGUCCAAAUUUAAUUGAUAUGGGUGUAGAUCCUUCAUCACCUGCAUUAUUAUCUGGUAAUGUCUUUGAAUUAUUUGAUCCAUUAAAACAACCAAGUCGACCACAUUCAUGGCCAUCAAAAUUAAAUGAAGCUGGAACAAAUGCAGCUACACCACCUUUUGUUACACCAAGUAGUGAAACUCCACCAAUAUCAUCAACAAUACCACCAACAUCAUCAAUAAUACCACCAACAUCAUCAAUAACACCACCAACAUCAUCAAUAAUACCAUCAACAGUAGUAUCAACAUCAUCCCUUUCAUAUCCAUAUCCAAUUAAAUUCCGAUUAAAAUUAACAACAUUUCCUGAUAUAAAGCCAUUUAGUCAUCUUGUUCAACGUAUUCGUAAUGAAAGUCAAACAAAACAGACAUCAGAUGAAAUAUUUUAUUGUAAACGUGUUCAACGUUUAACUCCACAACAUAUUGAACAAAAACAAUUACCUGUAACAUUAUAUAUAUAUGUUGAUGGUGGAAAAGAACCAAAAUGUUUAACAAACAUAAGUCUACAAUCAACAGUAUCACAUAUAUUAUAUCAAUUACUUGAAAUAACACCAUUUGAUUAUGAUCAAUCAAUACUUAAAUUACGCUCACGUGAAGAAUAUUUACGUAAUGAAGAUGUUUUAUGUGAUAUUGAAUAUGUUUAUAAUUGUAUUAAUUCAUUAAAACAAUUGGAAUUUGUACUUGUAAAAAAACCUACAUAUGGAUAUCAAAAACAACAAAAAAUAAAUUAUAUAAGUUUUGAACAAUUUUGUUUAAGUGAACAAGAAAACACUUAUCAUACAUUAACAUCAUCAUUGGAUAUCUCUAAUAGAUCAUUAACAGAUAAAAAACAUAGAAAUUCACAUCGGUCAUCUACUGCUCUUCGUUCAACAAAAUCUUUAAAUAUACAUAAACAAGCAACAUAUUCACAUCAAGCUCAUAUAGCACAUUCAUCAAAUGCACCAUUUCUCGCAUCUGAUCCUCGAUGGUUAGAUGAAUUUCGAAAAGAUAUUGAGUUAAUUCUUUUACAAAUUGAACAACGUUUUAAUCGUCUUGUUCUAUUUCAUCAACCAAUAUUAUCAAUAAGUGAACAAAUAAAAAUAAUUAAUGAAUUAAUAGGUUUUAUUAAAAAUAUACAAGUAACAUGUUCAUAUAUACAAUCAUCAUUAAUUAGUGACAAACAACGUGAGUUAAAAAUUUUUGCUGAUCAAUUAAUAAGAAAAUCACAUAAUGAACAUGAACAACAAAUAACAUUAGAAAUACAUGAAAAAUUAACAAGAUUACUUUAUGAUUCACUUGUUAUAUUUGUUAAUUAUAUACAAACUUAUUGUCAUUCAUAUCUUAUUCCUUAUGAAGUUGAACUUUAUAAUGAUAAAAAUAUAUCAAUUAAUAUAGAGGAAUUGAAAUACCCGCCAACAAAAAAGAAUCAAAUUUCACGUUCAAUCAAUGAAUCACCUGAUACAUUUCAAGUUUAUAUUGAUAGUCUAUUUUCUUUACCAACAAUAUCAAAUAUAAAAUCUAUAGGUAUUAUUGCUCGUCUUUGUUAUGGAAAUCAAACAAAAGCACGACAAAUGACUCGAUCAAUGUCAUUUGUACGUAAUAAUUAUCAUAGUGAAAAUGUUUCACUUAAACCACAAAUACGUUUUGAUCAAUGGCUUUCAUUUGAUGAUGCACGUCUUUGUGAAUUACAACGUGAAGCGCUACUUUUAUUUGAAAUAUAUGCAAGUUAUAAUGAUGAUUUUGAUUCAUCAUCACCAUUAUCACCAUUAUAUGAAGUAUUCGAUGGAGUUUCAAUGCGUCUUAUUGGUUGGUGUUCACAAGCAUUAUUUGAUAAUGAACAUUAUCUUAUUACUGGUGAACGUUAUUUAGGUAUAUUUGAUGCAUCAACAAUAAAUCGUACGGGUUUUUAUUCAUUACGAAAUGUUUUUGAACGUAAUUGUCCAAUAUUAAGUGUAUCAUUUCUUGACCAAUCAUUUUUAUGGCCAGAUGUUCAAGCUCGAAGUGAUAAACAUCCAGGAAAUUUUACUGACAUCAGUCGUGAUAAACAAGAACAUUUAUGUCGAUUACUUAAACGACCAAGUUUAUUAUUAGUUGAUCAUAGUGCUAUGACAACAAAUGAUAAUCGUAAACAACAAUUUUCAUUAAACAUGUCAGAUGAAGAGCGUGAAUUUUCUGAAGAAGAAUGUCAUUUUCUUUGGUCUCAUCGUCAUUUUGUUAUUCAUAAACCAUAUGCAUUACCAAAAUUACUUAAAUCUCGUUCUGUUUGGGAUUAUCCAAGUUUAAUUGAUAUAUAUGCACUUCUUAAUGAAGUAACUCAUGAUCGUACAAUAGAUGAAAUUGAAUCAUUUGAACUUUUAUUACCAGCUUUUCCUGAUAUGCAUACACGUUCAUUUGCAUAUCAUUCAUUAAUAUCACGUUUAACAUCUCAAGAUCUUCUUAUUUAUUUACCACAAUUAUUACAAAUAAUUAAAUUUGAUUAUAUACAUUCAUCAAUUAUUAUUGAAUAUUUACUUAAACAAUCUUUAAUUGAUUAUAGUUUAGCACAUAAAUUAUAUUGGCAUUUACGACAAUUACUUAUAACAGAACAUUUACAUUAUAUACGUUAUUAUUAUUUAUUUUUAUCAUUACUUUAUGUAUUAGAUGAAAAUUUUCGUGUAGAAUUACAAAAUGAAUAUGAUUUAUGUUUAAAUUUAAAACGUAUUGGUAUGAAAUUAAAAACAAAUAAAUCAAAUAAUAAAGGAAAUCUUUUAUAUGAACAUUUAAGAGAACUAAAUAAUGAAUUUUUUCAUUCAGGUAAAUUAACAUGUCGUUUACCGUGUCAAUUUAAUUUUAUGACAAAUAAUAUUGAUAUAAAUUCAUGUUCAUUUUUUAAUUCAUUAACUGUACCAAUUAAACUUGUUUUUAAUCCAAUUGAUUCAUCAUGUGAAAAAUAUUAUUCAAUUUAUAAAAUUGGAGAUGAUUUACGACAAGAUCAAAUUGUUUUACAAUUAUUUGCAUGUAUGGAUAAAAUAUGGCAAGCAAAUGAUUUUGAUUUUCGUUUAAGUUUAUUUAAUGUUGUACAAACACAAGAACGUUGUGGUUUUAUUGAAAUGAUAACAGAAAGUGAAACAUUAAGAGAAAUUGAAUCACGUUCAGGAACAAUAAAAGGUUCAUUAGGUGAAUCAGCUUUAUAUGAUUGGUUACGUUUACAUAAUACAACUGAUAGAGAAUUUCGAAUUGCUCUAGAAAAUUUAACAUAUUCAUGUGCUGCUUAUUGUGUUGCUACAUAUAUAUUAGGAAUUGGUGAUAGACAUAAUGAUAAUAUUAUGGUUAAACAAUCAGGACAUUUAUUUCAUAUUGAUUUUGGAAAAUAUUUAGGUGAUACACAAAAAUUUGGAUGGUUUAAUCGUGAUCGUGCUCCAUUUGUAUUUACAAAACAAAUGUUAUAUGCUAUGUCUGAUCGUGGUACAUCUAAUGAUGCAUUACAUCGUUUUGUUGAUUUAUGUUGUAAUGCAUUUUGUACAUUACGUCAAAAUUCUUCAUUACUUCUUUUACUUUUAUCACAUUUAUGUUCAUCAAAUGUAUUAAAUCUUAAUUAUGAUGCUGUUAGAUUUGUUUAUGAUCGUUUAUCACCAUUAACAAAUUAUGCACAUAGUAUAGCACAUUUUACUGAACUUAUUGUUGAUAGUUUGAAUUCAACAUGGACAACAUUUAAUUUUUUAAUACAUACAUUUGCACAAACAACAAGUUCAACAAAUUCAUCAAAUUCGAUGCCUAUUGGUACAACAUUAUCAUUUGUACCAAAAACAUAUACAAUAGCAACAGAUGGUAAAAUAAAAUCCGCACAUGUUGUUAGUUAUGAUAAACGUACACAUCCAACAAAACAUUAUUUAUAUAAAUUAAAAGUUGAACGUGAAAUAAUUGAUGAUUC